CGCGGAGUCACAUGACUCAGAGGCUCCGGGUGGAAAAGCAGGAUCAGUCCGCGCGCUGGAAACUUCUUCUUCUUCUUCUUCUUCUUCUUCUUCUUGUGUCUCCGACGCCAAACGGAGGGACGUGUUUAUAAGAGACAUGUCCCCGGAGCGGAGCGCACUGUCCGCGGCUCCUCUGUCCCGCUGUGUCCCGCUCUGAGCCGCGCUGAGCCGCACCACCGAGCCGCGCUGAGCCGCUCCACAGAGCCGCGGCUCCCGGACAUGACUCGGCGUUAGGACGCGGUAAUAACAGCGCUGCAGCGAGAGCCGGAUCGAACCAUGAGGUCGUCUUUGGCUCCCGGGAUUCGGCUCGUCACGGCUCUGUCCAGAGACACUUGGUAUCGUGGUUUCACUCUGGUCCUCACCUUCCUGUUCUACACGGCCUAUCACCUGUCCAGGAAACCAAUCAGCAUCGUCAAGGGUGAACUCCACAGAAACUGUUCGUCUGUGAUUCGUCCGAUCGACCUCAACGUCACUGACAACUCCACCUGGUGCGACUGGGCUCCGUUCGACCAGGACAACUAUCAGACUCUGUUCGGAGUGUUGGACAACUGUUUCCUGGUGGCGUACGCCGUGGGGAUGUUCUUCAGUGGGAUGUUUGGGGAGCGUCUUCCUCUUCGUCUUUAUCUCAGCGUUGGGAUGAUCCUGAGUGGAAUCUUCACCUCCCUGUUCGGCCUCGGCUUCUACUGGAACAUCCACACCCUGUCCUACUACGCCUUUGUACAGGUGGUGAACGGUCUGGUGCAGACGAGCGGGUGGCCCGCCGUCGUCUCCUGUGUGGGAAACUGGUUUGGAAAGGGAAAGCGUGGGCUCAUCAUGGGCGUGUGGAACUCUCACACGUCUGUGGGGAACAUUCUGGGGUCUCUGAUCGCCGGGGCCUUCGUGUCCUCGUCCUGGGGUUUGUCCUUCAUCGUCCCCGGGGUCAUCAUCGCCGGGAUGGGACUCCUCUGCUUCUUCUUCCUGGUGGACAAACCUGAGGAUGUGGGCUGCUCCGCCCCAAACCAACAGGUGGAUGGAGAGGUGGAGGUGGUGGAGGAGGGCGUGUCGGACGAGAGUGAGGCCAUCAGCUUCUGUGGAGCUCUGAGGAUCCCGGGUGUGUUGGAGUUCUCCUUCUGUUUGCUCUUUGCCAAACUCGUCAGCUACACGUUUCUGUUCUGGCUCCCGCUCUACAUCUCCAACGUGGCACACUUCGAUGCCAAAGAAGCCGGGGACAUGUCCACUCUGUUUGACGUGGGCGGGAUCGUAGGGGGCAUCCUGGCAGGUCUGGUGUCAGACUACACCGGGGCUCGAGCCGCCACCUGCUGGGUCAUGUUGGUCACUGCGGCGCCCAUGCUGUUCGUCUACAACAGUGUGGGUCAGACGAGCCUAGGCACAUCUGUGGGUUUGUUGUUGCUUUGUGGGGCCCUGGUGAACGGCCCCUACGCCCUCAUCACCACCGCUGUGUCUGCAGACCUGGGGACUCAUGAGAGUCUGAGGGGAAACUCCAGGGCCCUGUCCACAGUCACAGCCAUAAUCGACGGGACCGGUUCUGUGGGUGCGGCCCUGGGGCCUCUGUUGGCUGGAGUCAUUUCUCCGAGCGGCUGGAACAACGUUUUCUACAUGUUGAUCUGUGCAGACGUCCUCGCGUGUCUGCUUUUGUCUCGUCUCGUUUACAAAGAACUUCUCAGCUGCUGUGGGCGGCGCCGUGGAUUCACUGAGCUCUGACUCGUCGUCAUGGAGACGUCGCCACAAACACUCAGGAUUUUUUCACUCAUUUUGACACAAAUCAUUUAAAUAUUUGUAUCAGUGUUUUAAUUCAACCUUUUUUCUGAUGACCUCUGACCUCUGACCUGUUUGUGCCUUGACCAAAAUUUUUAUUAUUAUUUUUUUUAUGAAAUAAUCCAAUGUUUUUACCGUCAUUUUUGUAGGUUUAAAGUCGUACAAGACACAAGACUCGUAACAUAAAUCUACAGGAAAAGAUUAAAUUAAAAAAAGAGUCGGACGUUUGAAUCUUGUUUUGUUUUGGGCGGAGCUUUGGGUUUUUCCACUGAUUUUAGUUUUUCUAGUUUUUAUGUCGUACAGCAGAUUUUUCUUUCAUACAUUUCACAAAAAAACAACAAGAAACACCUCAGGUCCAAAGUGUAAAAACUUUCACAAACUUUCACAAACAUUCUGUGUCUGAACAUGAAUCUGUUUUACUUUGAAACAUUUUGAUCUUAAUUUUUUAUCUUUUGUUGGUUAAAAAUGCAGCAAAAACACUUUUUUAAUCGUAGACGUCGACUGUGAGACUCGAGUCUGGACGUGAGUUUGAUUCAGGUUUGAGGAAAUUUAAAUCUGUCGCACGAGGAUCUAAAAUGUGUGAAACAGAAACUGAAUCAUUUUCUAAAAACGUGUGUAAAUGUUCAGAUUUGUGUUGGUGUUGUUCAUGUCGACUUUUCUCUCGGGUUUGGACGUUUGGUUUAAAUAAAACAGUCAAAGAGUCAAAGAAUAAAAAAGUCAAAGUGUGUAA